AUGCUUAGGUUAGUACUAUGGCUAUGUAUGUUAAUAUCAGCAAUAUGCCGACACGAUACGCCCAUAGUCAUCGAACGACCGAUGAAUCGAGUGGAGUUUGAUGAUUUAUUAAUGGAAUAUAACCAGGACCAGGGUCCACAUAGAAAUAUGUCGGUAGCUAUAGAAAUUACUGUAAAUAGCGCUAGAUUAUCAGAAGAUGUGUUACGAACUUCACUAACCAUCGAACAAACAUGGAAUGAUGAUCGUCUCGUGUUCAAAGGUUCAUCGGAAGUUCCGCUACCAGCCAAUACCCAUGUUUGGUAUCCGGACACGAUGAUCAUUAAUGCAUUGAGCAACAAAGUCAAAGCUUCAUCGAUGUUCCUCAAUUAUGACGGGACUCUUCGAGAAAGGCAAUUAUGCAAUGUAGAAGUCGUUUGUGAAGAGUCAAAGCCAGACAAUGAGAACCUUCGGUGCCCCAUCACACUGACUAGCUUCAGUAGUCGUGGAGUCGACUACAUGCAGUACACCAUCAACAUGAUCGACAUCGAUCACGUCAAUCGAAUAUUGAAUGCCACAAUCUCGUACGAGACCAAAACCGAUCAUCGAAAUCGAACAUCGAGUUUGGCUCAUGCCAUCCUAUAUCUACGGAAGCCACAUCAUCCUCUAGGCGAUUUCAUCGAAGAAUUCAGCAAAGCAGCUCAUCUUCAAGGCGAACACUGAUAGUGCUAAGUUAU